AUGUCAUCAUCAUUCUCUAAUGGUAAAAGAGUUAAAAAAAAUUCACGUACAAUGAUGAAGAAGAAUGCAUUAACAAAACGAUACUUGGUGAGCUAUAUUGCAUCGAUAUAUGAUCCAUUUGGUCUGGUGUUGGCCACCUGUCUACGAUUAAAAUUAUUGAUUCAUGAAGCGUGGGUAGAGGGUCAUGACUGGGACGACGUACUACCGGAUGAAUUUCAGCGCAAGGUGAUGAAGAUCGUAAACGAUAUUCGAUUAUUGAAAACAUUUUCUUGUCCACGAUUUAUAUUUGAUCGAAUAGUAAACGAAUUUGAAUUAAUCGUAUUUGUUGAUGCCAGUAAGGAUGCGAUUGGAGUCGCUGCUUAUUUAUCGGAUGGCAAAACAAUGUCGCUCAUUUAUGCAAAAUCGAAAUUAAUCAAACAUCGAAAAAUUGUAACUGGCGAAUUAAUGGCAUUGUCGUAUGGAGCUAAUAUAGCCAAGUCGUUGGAUGAAAUGAUUCGCCCUAAGCAUCUUGUAUUGUAUUCAGAUUCGAUGGAUAAUGUGCAACGCCUUGAACGUGAUAUCAAUCAAUUUCCUUAUCCUGUAGCUGUUCAUUUGUACAACAUUAAAUCGAAAGUAGCUGAUAUUCGUCAUAUUCGUGGAGAAAAGAAUCCUGCAGAUGCAUAUACACGUGGGAUUAAAUCUGAUCAAUUAAAUGGCAUUCAUCGAAUUAAAUGUAAUGAUAUUCUCGAAACUGAUGCAAUGAACGUAAUGAUGGUAAUCGACGAUAAAACUGAAAUGAAAUAUGAUUUAACUGAUAUUGACCUGGAUAAAGAAUGUUCUUAUGACGAAUGGAUACAACAAAUUGACGAAAAAUCUGAUGAUUGGAAACGAAAAAUUGAUGACGGGUUAGAUAACCUGCGAAUUUUAAUUAAAUUAAAUCAACAAGUAUUUAUUGGACAACAACUAAGAGAUCGAUUUCCAAUGUUUAAAGACGAGCACGGACUGUGGCGAUGUCAUAGCCGAUUGGAAAAUGCCGAUUUACCAUACGAAGAAAAAUUCCCGAUCGUAUUGCCAAAAUGUGAAUUCACCCGAUCGUUAUUGAUAUGUCUGCAUGAGAAGGACGAGCAUGCAUCCGUAAAUUAUACGUUGGCUAAUCUUCGUACUAGAUAUUUCUUGGUCAAAGCCAGACAGCAGAUGAUUCGAAUCAAGGCAAAGUGCGUCAAAUGCCGACAAUUGAAAACCAAACCAUUGAUUGUUAAUAUGGGAAAUUUACCGCCUGAACGAAUAAACCGAUGUCAACCAUUUGAGAAUAUCGGCGUCGAUCUUUUCGAAUUGAAAACAGAACCUAAAUCUAUUGGUAUCAUCUUUACUUGUUGCGUAACACGAUGUGUACAUUUUGAACUACUGGACGAUGCCACCGCCAAAGAAAUUUGCCGUGCCUUUUUGAUAUUUUCUGACCUUAAUCGAACACCAACUACGAUCAUUUCUGAUAACGGUGCCAAUCUAAAACGUCUUAGCCGAAUGUUGUGCGAGGCCAUGAGAUUAUUGAAAAAUGAAUUCCACUGGCAUUUUAACGUUCCUGCAGCUCCGUUUCGUGGAGGUUUUUUCGAAUCGCUGAUCAAAACCAUGAAAAGAGCGUUUUAUAGCAUUAUAUGGCAGCAGAGUGCAUCACGAAAUGAUGUACGAGCUAUUUUGUAUCGAAUUCAGGCCAUAAUGAACAGUCGACCGCUGGUAAACGACGGAGAGAACAUUUUGACACCUAAUCAUCUCAGAUUCGGCGAAAACGUACGUGGUCCGAUUGCUCCACCGAGAACUGGUGGUAAUUCCGAUGAACUAUUGACAUAUUGGCGUCGAAAACAAACCAUGAUAAACGCUGCGUGGAAAACAUAUCGAAAUGUAUACAUGAAAGAUUUACGAAAAUUCUACCAGAACGGAAAUGAACAUCAUCAGGUUGAGGUUGGCGACCCGGUAUUGAUAGUCGACGAUCAUAAGCCUACGGCGCUAUGGACUACGGGCGUGGUGAUGGAAAGAAUUCCUGAUAAACGUGGCAUAGUACGUACAUACAAAAUAAAACUUGGUGAUAAGAUUCUGAAUAUAACGAAAACAACAUCUUUGUAUUUUGAAUCAUCAUCGUUUUUAUCAUCACCAUCAAUCAUUCAACGACAAUCACCAAUGAUAGUGUCAUCUAUAUUUCAUAAUCGUCGAAAUUCUUCAAUACGACAAUCAAGAAUUGAUUCUUCAAAUCAUCAUCAUCAUCAUAAUAAUGAUGAUCAUUUACGAUUACGAUUGCCAAUAUUAUUGAAUAAUAAUGUCAAUGUUUCUCAUUCGACAACAACAACAGCAGCAGCUAGCCAAAGACGUACAACAGGAAUUGCAGGCGUUUAA